AUGGUGGCCACAGUAGAGUAUAAGCCAAAUCAAUUAGUAUAUGCCUAUCAUGGACCAUUGAUUUAUGAAGCUAAAAUAUUGAAAAUAAAGAAGAAAAAUGAAUCCUUUAUAAUAAACCAUGAUCUACAGCAAGAAACUAUAGAAUCUAAUGAACCACGUUUUGAUAAAGCUAAAUGGAAAAAUCAAAAUUGUUAUUAUUUACAUUAUCAAGGUUGGAAUGCAAAAUGGGAUGAAUGGGUAGGAAUUGAUAGAAUUAUGGAACUUAAUAAUGAAAAUAAGUUUAAGAAAUUAGAACUAGAUCAGUUGACGAAAAAGAAGAAAGCACCUGCUGGAUCACUUUCAUCAUCAACCGCAACAACAACAACAACAACUACAACAGUAACAACUAGACAAUCGAAUUCAAAAAGACUGGCUAGCACAACAAAUAAUAAUAGUCAAACCCCGUCAAAGAAACAAAAAACUGUCAAUGGUAAAAAAUCAACAACUCCAACUCCUCGUCGAUCCAUACAAUUAAAAAUUCCCGAUGAAUUGAAGACUAUCUUGGUUGAAGAUUGGAAGAAUGUUUCAAAAGAUAGAAAAUUAAUAUCUUUACCAAGUAAAUAUACCAUUUAUCAAAUUUUACAAGAUUAUAAAUCAUAUAGAACAAAAAAAUUAUCAAGUAAACAACUUUCAAAAUUACAUGAAAUAUUAAAUGGAUUGGAAACUUAUUUUAACAAAUCUUUAAGUUUGAUUUUGUUAUAUAAAUUUGAAAACUUGCAAUAUUUGAAUUUUUUAAAAGAAGAUACUAUUAAUAUUGAAUCAUCUCAAAGUAAAGUAUAUGGUGUUGAACAUUUGUUAAGAUUAAUUGUUUUAUUACCAAGUUUAAUUAGUUCAACUACAAUGGAUGGUGUAUCUACAACUGUCUUGGUACUGGAAUUAGAGGAAUUAGCUGAAUUUCUACUGAAUAGAAUUGAUAUCUACAAAAACACUUAUGAUUACACUAGUCCACAAUAUGAUCGAUUAGCUAGAACUUAA